CUGAAGCUAUCACGUGAGUUAAGGUCAAUACACUAUAUGGAGUGGCGGAGGAGUACAAGGGGACGCCUCGGCAAUUGGGGAGGGACUAGAAACGACAGAACCACUCCAAAAACUUCCACACUUUGUCCUCUUCGUCCUUCAACGACGGCAUAUACACUCCGAUAAAAGGAAGCUGAUCCUCUUCAAACAUGACUCUCGAAGGAGGAAUGAAGUGUGUCAAGUUCAUGCUAUUCUUUUUCAACUUCAUUUUUUGGUUAUGUGGCCUGGCAUUGAUUGUAGUGGGAGUCCUGGUUCAAGUCUCCUUGCAUAGCACCCUGAUGAUCAACGAUGCGUCUGCGUCAGGAGCUCCCAUCGUCAUCAUCGCCGUGGGUGUGGUCAUUUUCUUUGUCGCUUUCUUCGGCUGCUGCGGCGCCUGGAAGGAGAACUACUGCAUGGUUACCAUGUUUGCCAUCCUUCUCUCACUGGUCAUCCUGGUCCAGAUUGCUGCGGCAAUCGCUGGUUACAUCUUCAGAAACAAAGUCUCUGACGUCGUCCAGGCGAGUUUGACUGACAUGAUUUCCAGUUACAACAACAGCUCAGCUGAAUUCAAAGCCAGCGUGGAUGCACUGCAGGAGGAUUUGAAAUGCUGCGGCAUGAACAGCUCCUCUGACUGGAGAAGCUUCCGACCCGACGGGAACUCCGUGCCGGAUUCCUGCUGUUUGAAUGUCUCGACAAAUUGUGGAAUUGGUGCCAUGAGAGACUCUGCCAAAGUUUACCAGGAGGGUUGUCGCAAAGCAGUCGAGGAUUUACUCAAGAAAAACAUCCAGUGGGUCAUAAUUGCAGCUCUGGUUCUUGCUUUUAUCGAGGUCACGGGUGUCGUGUUUGCCUGUGUGCUGAUGAGAGGCAUCCGUAGCGGCUACGAAGUCAUGUGAUUCAGUUCACGCCUGCAUAAACAACGGAUGUAGUGCACAGAACAAUUCCCCCCCCCACUCCCCUUUUUCGAUAGGUCGGGAGUGUUUUGUGGUUUAAUACACAUUUAGGCAUGUCAAAUACAUUUCUUAGGCAGCACAGUCUACUUUUUGUCUAAAUGUUUUCUUGAUGGUUAAAGAAUUUCAAUGUUUCUCAUUCAGCUAGAAAUAUACAUUUUAGUUUUAAGGUGUGUUGGUUCCCUUUGUUUUUAUUAAAUACUCCUUAAAUUA